AUGCGCCCAGAAAUGAAUGGCCGGCCGCCGGUGCCUCGGAUCUACCGCUUCUUUGGGACUGGUCUGGGAGCAGUGAUGUGGUUCUGGAUUUUCUACCGGGCGAAGCAGGAUGGGCCGGUUCUCCUCGGCUGGAAGCAUCCUUGGGACCACUAG